CCCUCCCGCGCCGUCUAACCGGCCUGGCCUCCACCCACCCAAGCACGCCCGCCGGCUACCUCCAAGCAAACUCCUCGCUCGUGGCCGUCGUCUUCGUCCUCCCACUCUCAGUCUCUCACUCCUCCUUCUCCUUUUCCCCAUCAGUUAGUGUCGGAUUUAUUUGCUGCAUAGUUGAGUACUGAUCUAAUCCAUCCAUCCAUCCUGCUGCUUCUCCAUUUCGACUGGCCUCUUAUUCUGCUUCAGCGCGAACAGGAUAGAUCUCGGAUGACGCUGCCGGACUUCGGACCCAAGCCUCCGGUGCACUUCUCUUUCCGAAAAGAUCCGGGGUUCAAGUAAGCCCCCCAUGCCCCACGCUAAGUAUUCCCCUGCCGGCCAGGUGUUCGAAGAAACUCCCCUCAGAGGGAUCUGUUAUGUUCUUGGCCAAACGACCACAUUGGUCGUCUCAGAUUAGCAGGCUGUGCGUCCUCCACACUGUUUCUUGGAUAGUUUCGUGGAGGCAGGCUCCCUACAGUGGCGGUGGCUGCAGCAAUGCCACUCCAGGGGAUCUCGGGCGGCUGCCAGAGCUUUUCCGAUCGCCGCGGGUUGAAGUCAGCGCCGUUAUUGGAAGAGCACUGGAAUCGGGGAGAUGGUCAGAGUCAGUGGAGCUGGAGCUCGAGAGGCUUCAUGUCGACCUGGAUCCCUUUGUUGUCAAUCGGGUGCUCCGGGGCUUGUCGGACUCGGAGACCACAGUGCGGUUUUACUGGUGGGCAGAGUCGCGGCCCGGAUUUGAUCACACGCAGUUUGCGAUAGCGUACAUUGUGAGCUUGCUGUUUUUAGAUGGCAACUUUGCUCUGUUGUCAGAGUUCCUCGAUAGAGUGAGGAGCCAGGGGGUGGCAUUGCAUCGCUCCCUCUACCGGAUCCUUUUGUCCGGCUAUGUCCGGGCAGGGCAAUUUGAUUCAGUCAUUCAGACAUUUGAUGAGAUGGUUAUGUCAGGUUGCCGUGAGUUUGGUGUGGAUUACAAUAGGUUCAUAGGAGUUCUAGUUAAGAAUUGUUGCUUUGAUUUGGUGGAGAGGUAUUAUGGCAUGGCACUUGAGAAAGGUUUUUGCUUGACUCCAUUCACUUAUUCAAGGUGGAUAUCUGCAUUGUGCCAAUCAGACAGGAUUGAGCUUGUAGAGGAGCUUCUGGCUGAUAUGGAUAAAUUUAGGUGUUUUCCAGAUAUUUGGGCAUGUAACAUAUAUGUUGACUAUUUGUGUAGACAAAAUAGGUUGCAUGAUGCCUUGCAGAUGCUGGAGAAGAUGGGGAUAAACAGAACAGGUCCUGAUAUUGUCACUUACACAACGGUUGUUGGUUGUUUAUGUCAUAAUAAGCGGUUCGCAGAAGCAGUCGAGCUUUGGGAAGAAAUGGUGAGGAGGGGCCUUAAACCUGAUAGUGUUGCUUGUGGUACAUUAAUCUUUGGGUUCUGCAAGAAUGGCAAGGUUGGCAAGGCUUUUGAAUUAGCAUCGAGGAUGUUAACUCUGAAUUUAGAACUGAAUGUUUGUAUUUACAAUGCUCUAAUAAGUGGCUUCUGGAGAGCCGGAAGCAUUGAUAAAGCCUUCAAAAUUGUAUCCUUCAUGCGAGCAAACGGAUGUGAGCCAGAUGUUGUCACAUAUAAUAUCCUUUUAAACCAUUACUGCGACACAGGUAUGGUGGAGAAAGCUGAAAAUUUGAUAAGAAAGAUGGAAAUGAGUGGGGUAAAUCCUGACCGGUACAGCUAUAAUCAGUUAUUAAAAGGAUUAUGCAAAGCUCAUCAACUGGACAAGGCAUCUGCCUUCGUUUCUGAUCAUAUGGAAGUUGGUGGGUUCUGUGAUAUUGUAUCCUGUAACAUACUGAUUGAUGCAUUUUGCAAGGCAAAAAAGGUAAAUUCUGCAUUGAAGCUAUUCAAAGAAAUGGGUUAUAAGGGAAUACAGGCAGAUGCUGUGACAUACGGAACUCUGAUUAAUGGUCUCUAUGGUGUAGGAUACUACAAUCUAGCUGAAGAAGUUUUUGAGCAGAUGAUGAAGGCUCAGAUUGUUCCUAAUGUUAAUCUGUACAAUAUUAUGCUCCAUAACCUGUGUAAGGCUGGUCAUUUCAAACAAGCUCAGAAAAUUUUCUUGCAGAUGAUUCAGAAGGAAGUGUCGCCGGAUAUUAUUACUUUUAACACACUCAUAUAUUGGCUCGGGAAAAGCUCAAGGGCAAUUGAAGCCCUCGAUCUAUUCAAGGAUAUGAGGGCUAGAGGAGUAGAACCUGACAGCUUGACAUUUAGGUAUUUGAUCAGUGGUCUUCUGGAGGAGGGAAAAGCUACGCUGGCUUAUGAGGUAUGGGAAUAUAUGAUGGAGAAUGGCAUCAUUCUCGACAGGGAUGUUUCUGACAGGCUGAUAAGUGUGCUUAAAUCGAAGAACAAGUAACAGCUAAGUUUCUGGAGAACUUCAGUCGCUGUGAGCUUUUCAGCCUGAUGCGGGCACCAUGGACCUACCUAUAUCAGAGCUUAAAGGUCUGGGCUUCAUUAGUUGGUUCUUAGCUCAUUUUGUGCUGUUGGGCACAGCUUUGCUGUGCAAUUCGCUUUGAUGCAUGCAUUAUAGCUGGACCAUACCCAAGGCAGCCACACCAGAGAAGCAACGGGCAAGGUGUGGUCUUCAGUACUUCUACAGCAAGUGCAAUCUUGUUAUCAAGUUCUCAAUUGUUUCAUGAGAAAGUUUGUGGCUUUCUCAGAGUAUUGAGGCUUGUAUUGGGUGGACAACUGUGAUUCGCUUUAUCGAUAUCACUAGGAGCCCUGUACCAUGAAGAUGAAUGGUUUUGACAACUGAGUUGAAGAUGAAGGGUUUCAACAACCGAGUUUGAUGAUACCCUCCAAUGAACGGUCCGGAGCACCGGACUAUUGAGCGGGAAAUUGCUUCAGUGCGAGCAACGUGGCGCUGCACAACGUGAUAUUCUGUAAUGUCUACUCUCUCACUCUCUCUCUCUUUCUCUCUCUGUUGUGUGUACAAGUUACGGAAGUGAGGGCCCCGUAUUCUGAAGAGAGGCUACCAUGAAACAACCCUGGUCCAAUGAUCUCUAUCCGUUCCAAACGGAAAUUUUCUUCGAGACGACACGCACCCAUAGAAGAGACGACACGCAUGGCAUGAGCCCAUGCCUGCCGAAGAAGCUGCCGCGUCCACCUGUGAGACUGGGAGGAGGACGACACUCGCCGCCUUGUCGCGCGAGCCAAAAAUCCCGGACGCCGAGCGACCACCGUCCAAAUCACCAGGCUGUGGGCGCGGCACGUGGCUAGUACGCCGCGUCACCAGAUCGACGCGGCCACCAACUGCUGCACCGGGAUCAGAACAAACGUCACUGCAUGUGUCGUAGUUGUUGAGAUGCACGUCGGUGUCCAGAUGUUCCACGUACCUAUGUGGCUUGUUUCUUCUCUAGCUUGGACUACGUUUGUGUUUAGCGUUUACCCACCCCUGGAUAUUCAAUUCCGGUGACUUAGGAAUAGGAUAUAUACUUGUAUAUGUGCAACAAAGUACCAAUAUAUUAUUCGGCAUUCAACUCGAA